UGUACAUCACUUGCAACAUCAUUACAGCUCCGGUACUCUCUCUCUCUCUCUCUCCCAACUGAGGGCUCAUUGUAUGAAAACUGAAGCGUUAUUCUCAAUGAGAAUAUAUUGUCAGUCACUGUAUGUGUUAUAAGGAGAGGAGAGGCAACACAAAAAGCAAAUAUAUUGUAUGCUUUGGGAACUCAAACGUCAGUUCAGUUCCCAUUGAAUACCAGUGAGAAGAGUGAGAGUGUGUUGUUUACACUCAAAAAUGUUGUUCACUGUCGAUGUGUUUGAAUGAAAAGUGCUUUAUUUUAUGCCAAUCGGCGCGAAGUGGAGAGAAAUCCUUGAAAACAUUAAACAAACUAUAAUUAUAAAUGUGUUUAUAAGGGUUGAGGCAUAACAUGACACGAGUCUCAGUCGCAACAUAUUUAAAGAGACGAUUGCUGUGAUUGUAUACAUUGUAUGAGACAAUCGCAUCCAUUUCACAGAUAUAUCGCAGGUCUGGUCUAAACUGACUAUUCGUUGGACUACUGUCUCACUACUCGACUUCACACAUAUUUUUGAAGACAACUAAAAAAUUGAUACAAAAAGUGUUUAAAACGUUCACUUUUGGUGUGUUGUCCACAAUUGGACACAAAUAAUAUGCAAACAGACAAACAAAGUGUGUCCAAAGAGGAAAGGGAGGAACUGGUCAAACGAUUAACACCACUUCAAUAUCGUGUAACUCAGCAUAAAAUCACUGAAAGGCCUUUUACCGGUGAAUACCUGAAACUCAAUGAUAACGGUCUGUACUGUUGUGUGGUUUGUGGGGAAGAGAUAUUCUCAUCGGAAUCCAAGUACGAGAGCGGCUGCGGAUGGCCCGCCUUCGAUGGUGUGAUCAAUAAUGAUAAAGUCAAACACAAUAUCGACUUAUCGCACGUGGGCAGUAAUCUACUAUUGUUGGCGUUGAGGUCGGACGUGGCCCGCACUGAGGUGUCCUGUGCCCGAUGUGGUGCACACUUGGGUCACGUGUUCGAUGACGGCCCGAAGACCACCGGCAAACGGUAUUGCGUUAACUCGGCUGCCCUUAAGUUCCUCGACGGCCAAAAACCGUCGCCCAAAAGUAUGACAAACAACGGCCGCACCUUUGAUACAACUAUGGGUACAAAAAUUGAUACAAAGCCAAGAAUCUCAACUAAUAAUUAUUGCAAUAAUAACGUGAAUAACAGUAAUAACAACAAUAAUAAUAACGAUAAGUUUGUUAAGAAGAGUCUCAAUGGGUUUACGCAUAAAACAUUGAUGGAAACACAUCUCUAAUAAUUUAAUCCUA